CAGAAAAUCGAGAGGAAGAUAGAGAACAACUACACAGAAUGUAUAGAAAAAAACACAAACAAAAAGUGUGCAGAAUCCGUUACAAAACCCAACAAAACUUGCACCUGUAUAUUGUACAUUAAGAUUACUGAAAAGUUUUAUGGAGAGCGGAUUAAGUUAUAUUUUGAGUUGCCAUCAUAUCAGGAGCCAAAUAAUAAUCAGAACGAAGACCAAUCACAAACUUCUGCAGGAAUUCAUAAGCCAUGUAUAAACAACAGGUUCAAUGAUGGAUUUUCCUUAAAAAUAAACGGUUCUCGAGAUAAAUUUGAGACAGUGACGGAUGAACCGUUUAGUAAAGGAGAGUCAUCAGGAGGCCCAAACUACACACAGACGUUGAAUACGAGUUGUUUUGAAAAUCGAUUGUGGUAUCUCAAUGCCACUAAUACACUUGAAAGUGGAAGUUAUAAAUUGCGCAUUGAUUACAAUUACCCAGUAACUGAAUACAAUGGAACGAGGAUGUUUAUAUUGUCAACAUACCGAAUUGAAGAGAAUAGGUAUAAACGGGGAACAGGAAUAGCACUGCUGAAUCUCGGACCCUUAUUAUUUAUAAUAAGUGCUAUCUUUUAUUAUAAAAAUAUACUUCACAAAAAAAAUUGAAGGCAUAUAUGUAGACUUUCUAAUUAAAAAGGUAAAGCUUUUGCGCUAACGGUGUACGCUGACGAGUAAAGAACAGUAAAGAAUGAAAGAAUGAGUAUUUGAUAUAAUACUACAUAUACAUAUGUAUGUAUCUAAAUUAGUAGUUAUAAAAUACGCAGCAUUAUAUAAUUAAUAAUUUAGAUACAUAUACAGUAGUCGUAUUGAUAAACAGGCAUUCGUCAGUCAAUAUAAAACCACUAAUUAUCAUUCAGAACUACCAUACAAAUGACAUCACAUAUAUGGUUCAAUAAUUUAGAAUUCGUAUAUACAGUGAAUUAUAGUAGAUAUAUAAUUUUAUAAACUGACGACUACAGACUUUAAUUAUUAGAACUAUUCACAUCAGCAACGCAUUUCAAAAUACAGAAUGCAUUGAACUUACGUUUAUCUAAUCUACAAUCAUCAAAUAGAUUUUUUUAGGUCCUUCUUACGCAUCAGAUAUCUACAUUAUGAAUGAAUCUACAAUAGAUAGUAUUUCUUUAGCAAGAUAUUUAUAUAGAUAAAAAAAUUAAAACGUUAUCAGUACAAACCAAAUACUAAAUUAAUUUAUAUAUUAUUGCUUAUCUUUUGCAUGUAUUGCAUUUGCAUUGUGACGCGUAUUAUUUAUUGUACCUAUUUCCACCACUCCACUAUUCCUCUCUGUAACUGAAGUAUUACAAACAAACAAUUUAAUAUAUAUUCAUCUAUAUAUGGGCAUGUUAAGCAGUGUGUUACAGAAUGUCCAUUGACAAUGCGUGUUUUUGCUUUAUUUAUCUACUUUAAUCACUUCCAGUACACAUCCCAGUUUGGUAUUAAAAUUGGUCCAGUAAAUUUUGCGUGACCCAAAGAUACAGACAAAAUUUUUAAAAUAUAUUACAUAUCUAUUUGAUAUGUAAUUUGUUUUAAAUAACUGGUGCUUUUUUAUAUAUACAUAUAACCAAAGCCUAAAUAUAAAUAAUGCACAUGUAAAUAUCAAAAUGUUUCAUCUGUGGAUCCUACGUUUGUUAUAGAUUUUAUUGAUCUAUGAUGUUUUAUAGGUAAGUGACUAUUUGACAAGAAGGUAAAGAAAAAAACUUUGAUACUCAAAUGUUAUUAAUUAUAGGCAUAUUUAGUAUUAAAUGACUAUAGGAUUUUGAACAUGAAUUUAAUUAAUUUUGGUAUAUAAUUAAAUCAGAAGUGUCGAGCGUCUUUUAGUAGAUAGAACUCUACCUACUAACUGAAAACUUUGUCACUGACUCAUAUCUAAUUAUUUUAGGUUUAAUACGGUCUCUCAAUGUUAUUAAUAAUAUGAUAAAAUGGUCCCGCAUUUUCGGAUCGUUCUUAUCAUGGUUUUAUUUAUUCCUGAUAUCGUUGACGAGAAUAACCUUCAUGACUGUACAAUUUUUUUUUUUCAUAAAUACUGACUUCAAGACUGAGAUUUCAGGCUUCUUAUACCUUAUAUCUCACUCUUCAACCGAAACGCAUUUAUUGAAUUAUUGCCAUUAAUUCAAUAAAGGAUAAAUAAAUUGCGAACUUAAUGCCAUUCUAUAAUUGCAUUGUAUAUUAAUUAAUAUGUUUACACAUUUAUUUAUGGCUUGUUUUAAACUGUG